AUGCAUCUGUCACAAUAUGUGCUCUCGAUCGCCAUCUUAUCAACGGGCGUAAAUGCCUUCUACCCUUAUGUUCGACCCGUGGCAGCCACCACCUCGGUCCUUGAAAAAUUGACGAGCCGUUUCUAUCCCUAUCGCCUCGGGUCGUCCGUCGAAGAUGAAGUUUCCGGCUUCCCGACUUUUCCCCUCAAAAAGCGUUCUACGAUGGCGCGACGACAGAAUAAAUACUCGGUUGUACAAGGAAACCCUCCCACGACCCCGAACAGCGUGGCAGUCGACGACGAUGGCCAGGAUUUUUCUUAUUUCUUUUCAAUGGACUUCGGCUCGAAGAACCAGUCAAUGUGGAUGCUUUUCGAUACAGGUGGUACUAACACCUGGACGUUCGGCUCCAACUGCACCGUUCAAGCAUGUGAGCUGCAUAACACAUUCGGUUCUAACGGCUCGACAACUUUACAAGUUUCUACACAGCCAUUCGAUGUUGGUUAUGGGACAGGCACAGUAUCAGGAGUCCUCGGCACCGACACUGUUUCUUUUGCCGAUUUUAGCUUGCAGCUCACCUUUGGUCUAGCUAGUAAUGCAUCUAGUGACUUCACCAACUAUCCUAUGGAUGGUAUUCUAGGAUUAGGGCGCUCAAACGCCAGCACCACUGGCACUUUAACCGCCAUGCAAGCCAUUGCUCAAGCCCAUCUGUUGCAUUCGAACAUUCUCGGGAUUUCCUUACAGCGAACCUCCGACGGCGCUAAAGACGGAGAAAUCACCUUCGGUGGCGUGGACACCACCAAGUUCACUGGCGACAUUUCCUACACUAAUAUCUCAGCCGGGGCAAGUGGGUGGCAGGUUCCAAUAGACGAUGCCAUUGUCAAUGGCCGACCACUCAACUUCACUAGCAGAUCCGCUAUCAUCGACACUGGAACGUCCUAUAUCUUUCUUCCUCCCAACGAUGCUAGCGCUGUUCAUGCUUUGAUCCCAGGAUCUUCACCUGCAGGCCAAAACUUCAACAUCCCAUGUUCAACAAAUGCGACUGUUCAAUUUACAUUUUCGGGAGUGUCAUACAAUGUCUCACCCAAGGAUUAUGUCGGCUCUGCAACCGACAGCUCUGGCGCGACUUGUUAUUCCAAUAUCAUCGGUGUACAGACGACGGGCUCUGAUGUUUGGCUCUUGGGAGAUGUAUUCCUUAAGAACGUGUACACUGUCUUCGACUUUGAUCAGAACCGUAUCGGCUUUGCUACCCGCAAUGGUACGGUGGCAACCACCAAUCCAUCCGUGACCUCAGCCUCAGCAGGUUCCGGGGCGACGAAUACAGCCUCUUCUACCACCUUGAACACGGCUUCUGCAACCCCAAGCACUGCAGUUCCCACAAGUGGUGCUGUCUCACUCCUAACCCAUUCGCUCUGGGAUAGUAUUACCGUCCUAGUCAGUGUUGCAUGCCUGUAUACCUUUUUCAUCAUCUAA